AUGCCGAUUCUGGGUUUCGGCUGCUACAAAGUCGGGGUGGUUCCUGGGUCAGCCGCAGGGGCUGCCGAUGCAGCCAAGCCGGCUCCAGCAAAGGGAGUCAUCGCGGACGCGCUCGCGGCCGGCUAUCGAUGCUUUGAUUGUGCACAGUUCUAUGAGAAUGAGGAUGCCAUUGGAGAAGCAUUCCAGGUCGCUGGUGUUCCCAGGGAAGAGCUCUACAUCAUCUCCAAGGUUUGGACCAACAACAUCCACGAUGGCCCAAAGGCUGUCCGGCAGCAGUGCCUCAAGUCCAUCAAGGACCUAGGCUGCGGUUUCCUAGACCUCUACAUGAUCCACUGGCCGGUCCCUGGCAAACACGUGGAAGCUUACCAGGAGCUGGUGGCUUUGCAAGCGGAGGGCCUGAUCAAGUCCAUCGGCGUUUCAAACUACACCGUGGAGGACCUCUCAGAGCUUCAGGCUGCAAAACUUCCUCUCCCAGCAGUGAAUCAGAUCGAGAUUAACCCUUUUUUGUACCGGAAGAAGACCAUCGCGCAUUUCAAGGGGCUCGGCAUACAACUGCAGGCCUACCGAGCACUCUGCAACUUUGGCAAGGCGGCCUCGCUCGAGAGUGAGGUCGUGGGUGCUUUAGCAGCUAAGCAUGGCCGUUCUGCAUCGCAGAUUCUUGGAAAGUGGUGUAUUCAGAAAGGCUUCCAGCACAUACCGAAGAGCGAAAAGCGCUCCAGGAUGGAAGAAAAUGCGCGCCUCUUCGACUUCGAGCUGGACACAGAGGACAUGGACAGAUUGGAGAACCUGACAACUCCAGCAGCGCUGGAGACCUUCAAGUCCUCCUACCUGAAAGGCAUCGUGCGUGACACGCCCUUGCAGGCACAACGUCACAACGUCACUGAGACUCUGCUGGUGGCAGGGGGCUGGACUUCCAAGAUGGCGACGGAGAAGGAAAUGGACUUGUCCGGGGAAAAGCUGUCCGUCAGCGACUUCAGUCUCGGGAAAACGCUGGGAACUGGAGCUUUUGGACGGGUCAGGUUUGUGACGCACAAAAGCAGUGGAAGACAUUAUGCCUUGAAGACGCUGAAAAAGGCCGCUAUCAUCAAGAUGAAGCAGGUGGAUCAUAUCAUGAGCGAGAAGCAGAUCCUCGCCAAGCUCCAGCAUCCGUUCAUUGUGAACAUGUUUGGCUCCUUCCAUGAUCCUCGCUACAUUUACAUGGUCCUGGAGUACAUCGUUGGAGGUGAGUUCUUUACACAUCUUCGGAAGGCUGGACGGUUCGACAACGAGCAGUCACUUUUCUAUGCAGCGCAGAUCACCUGCAUCUUCGAGUAUUGCCACGAGCUGAACAUCGUUUAUCGUGAUCUGAAGCCGGAGAACAUCUUGAUCAACGCGGACGGCUAUGUGAAGCUCACAGACUUCGGCUUCGCCAAAGUCAUCGAGCACCGCACAUACACACUCUGCGGAACGCCGGAGUACAUUGCGCCAGAAGUGCUGCUCAACAAGGGGCAUGGCAAGCCCGUUGACUGGUGGACGCUAGGCAUCCUUAUCUACGAGAUGAUUGUCGGCUAUCCUCCGUUCGUCGAUGAGGACCCGAUGGGCAUCUACCAGAAGAUCCUGGCCGGCAAGAUCACCUUUCCGAAGAUUUUCCACAAGGAGGCAAAGAGCUUGGUAAAGAAGCUGCUCACACCCGACCUGGGCAAGCGCUUCGGCAAUCUGAAGAACGGCGCAGCAGACAUCAAAGAGCACAAGUGGUUCAAGGACCUUAGCUGGGAUGACCUGCUUGCGAAGAAGAUUGAGGCUCCCUUCAAGCCAGCAGUGAAGGGAGCAACGGACACAAGCAACUUCGAUGACUAUCCGGAUUCGGACCAAGAGCCUCCUGCAGUCAAUGCGUCUCAAGAUCCGUUCACCAACUGGUGA